CGUGGGUACAGUGUGUGAAGGGGCGGAGCCGAAAAGACUGGAAACCGUGGUUUGAAUUUGCGCUGUCAAUCGCUUAUAUUACAUUUGUUUGUUUAUUCUUUAAAUAAAAAUGUAGACGAUUUACAGGCUGUUCAGCGAUAUCGACGCUCACAGAAAGACAAGCAUCCUUUUAUUACUGUACCGUCGAUCGUCUCUCCUAAAGGAAGCUGUUUGUUCUGAGAAUUAUUAAGGAUCUCAAACCCUUAACUGGAAAAUGUCAGCUCUUAAUGCUUGCAAUGACUGCCUACAUUUGGAAUCAGUGGGUGAAAUCACUAAAGAGGAGCUGAUUAAGAAGUCCCAUGGUAAAUGCCAGGACUGUAAAGUUGGUGGACCAAAUCUUUGGGCUUGUUUGGAAAAUAGAUGUGCCUAUGUGGGCUGUGGGGAAUCUCAUGCUGAUCAUAGCACUGUCCACUCACAGGAAACCCAACACAAUUUGACUGUAAACCUCACCACCUUACGCGUUUGGUGCUAUGCCUGUGGAAAAGAAGUGUUUCUGGACAGGAAGCUGAGUCCUCGCUCUCCAGCCCCAACAGCAAAACCUCCUCCAUCUUUCCAAAACCAUGUGCAGGAUACCAAAGUCCCUGGGAUCCCAAUGUUGAAGAUUCCUCAGGCUGCUGUCUGUGAUGACCUAGAUACAGAGAUGGAAGAAGAAGAUGAGUUCAGAGCGAGAGGUCUUACGGGACUGAAAAAUAUUGGAAACACAUGCUAUAUGAAUGCAGCUCUUCAGGCCCUUUCCAACUGCCCUCCUUUGACGCAGUUUUUUAUUGAAUGUGGAGGCUUGGUUCGGACAGACAAGAAGCCAGCCUUGUGUAAGAGUUAUCAGAAGCUGGUAAUGGAUAUGUGGCACAAGAACAGACCUGGAUAUGUGGUCCCAACUAAUCUUUUCCAAGGAAUAAAAGUAGUUAAUCCAAUGUUUCGAGGCUAUUCACAGCAGGAUUCUCAAGAGUUUCUUCGCUGUCUAAUGGACCAGCUUCAUGAAGAGCUAAAAGAGACAGUUGUUGAGCCUGAUGAUGGACCACAAACCAUCAGCAUGGACGAUAACAUGGAAGAAGACAAGAGCCAGUCUGACAAUGACUUCCAGUCUUGUGAGUCCUGCAGUAGUAGUGACAAGGCAGAAAGUGAAACUAAUGUUAAAAAACAUUCAGGUGAAGUGCCUGAAGCAGAAAUGCUUAUCUCAGAUGACAUAAACAACCAGUUGCAUGGCAAAGACUGGCAGAAAGAGAAGAAUCUUAUAAAUAAGCUAUACCGAGUCUGUUCUUCAGAGGAUCUUGAUAAGGAUAUCGACACAGCAAUGGAGUCUUCACCAAUUAUUGGCAACCAAGGUGCUGUCAAGGUACAGAUACAAAGCAGGCGGUCAGAAUGUUACCCAGAUGUAAGUGGGAACAGUACCUCAAGGCCUCAUAGUCCUACACCUGCUGAAGGGACCAACUCUAAACUGUCCAGUAGUCCUCCAAAGUCUGCAUCCAUAUGGCCUGGCAUUGUUUCGUCACACAAGAAAGUGGCACCUUUACUCUCUCAAAAGAUGAAAAUGCAGAAGAAAUAUCGAAGCGUGAUUUCUGAUAUUUUUGAUGGCACUAUUGUCAGUUCAGUUCAGUGCUUGACCUGUGAUCGGGUGUCAGUCACCUUGGAAACCUUUCAGGACAUCUCACUGCCUAUCCCAGGUAAAGAGGACCUGGCCAAGCUACAUUCUUCAACUCACCAGACAUCCCUAGUGAAAGCAGGGUCUUGUGGAGAAGCCUAUGCCCCACAGGGAUGGAUUGCAUUCGUGAUGGAAUAUAUUAAAAGCUGGUUUUGGGGGCCCGUAGUAACUUUGCAAGACUGUUUGGCUGCAUUUUUUGCGAGGGAUGAACUCAAGGGGGAUAAUAUGUACAGCUGUGAAAAGUGCAAGAAGUUAAGAAAUGGUGUAAAAUUCUGCAAAGUACAGAGUCUUCCAGAGAUUCUCUGCAUUCACCUGAAGAGAUUCAGACAUGAGCUGAUGUUUUCUACCAAAAUCGGGACCCACGUGUCUUUCCCUUUGGAAGGGCUUGACCUACAGCCAUUUCUUGCUAAGGACAGCACAGCUCAGAUCUCAACUUACGAUUUGCUGUCAGUCAUCUGCCACCACGGAACAGCUAGCAGUGGCCAUUACAUAGCAUACUGCAGAAAUGAUCUGAACAACCUCUGGUAUGAGUUUGAUGAUCAGAGUGUUACUGAAGUCUCUGAAACAAGUGUGCAAAAUGCUGAAGCUUAUGUGCUUUUCUACAAAAAGAGCAAUGAUGAGCCCCAGAAGGAGAGGAGAAGAGUAUCUAACCUCCUGAACAUAAAUGAGCCAAGUUUGCUGCAAUUCUACAUCUCUCGACAGUGGUUGUUGAAGUUUAAGACAUUUGCUGAGCCUGGUGCAAUUUCUAACAAUGAUUUCCUUUGUGCUCAUGGAGGUGUUCCACCCCAUAAAGCUUCUUAUGUUGACGACUUGGUUUUGAUGCUUCCUCAGAACGUAUGGGAUCAUUUAUACAGUAGGUAUGGAGGAGGACCAGCUGUCAACCAUCUCUAUGUGUGUCAUACCUGUCAGAGUGAAAUAGAGAAACUUGAAAAAAGGAGAAAAAAUGAAUUGGAUAUGUUUGUACGGCUGAACAAAGCUUUCCAGGAAGAAGAUGCCCCUGCAGUGAUUUACUGUAUCAGCAUGCAGUGGUUCAGAGAGUGGGAAGGAUUUGUGAAAGGCAAGGACAAUGAACCCCCUGGACCAAUUGACAACACCAGGAUUGCAGUGAACAAAAAUGGUCACAUAACACUCAAACAAGGUGCAGAUUCUGGACAAAUUUCAGAAGAGACUUGGAACUUCUUACAUUCAAUUUAUGGGGGAGGACCAGAAGUCACCUUACGGCCAAACAUACCACAUCAAGAAACGGAAACCUCCCACACAGAAGAGAAAAUUGAGGUGGAAACCCGUGCAGUGUGACUUGCUCCCUUCUCUGCCAUCAGCCCAGAAUUGCACUUCAGAGGUUCUAUGAGCAUUCCUAAAAGGAAAUGUUUCCUUCUUUAAACAAUAUGGGCAUUGGUAAUACUGACAAUCAUGGGAAAAUGUAUCAAAAUGGUUUGCUCUGUAAAUAUUAGAAACUGUACAUUUCUAAAUUUCUGUAAAAUUGCAAUAGAAUCUAGGCUAGCAUCAUGUUGAGUUUCAGGUUCGGGCACUGAGACACAGAUAGUCUAUGAUUUUCCCCUUUAUUAUAAGCUAAUAUUUAUGUAAUCCAAAUUGCAUAAAGAAGAUAAUAAUGGACUAAUAAGGCUUUUCUUAGGCAUAAAUUAUUGUAUUUUAUCAAGAUUUUAAACUCUUCUUGUUGUUAGGGAAAAUAUUAGUGCUGAAGACAUAAUAAACAAAACUAACUUCCUAUGAUUUCUCAGGAAAGAACGGUCUUUUGCACUGUAUUAAAAGUAAAGCAGCAGCAUGCUUUCGUAUCAAAUGCCUGCAAAAAAACAAAUUAAGUGUAUUUAAUAUACACUGUUACCUUCCUUUUUAUACAGCAUUUUUUCUUUAUGCUACUACUUUUUUAGAUGUUGAAGUAUAGUUUUUUGGAAGGCAUGAUCAUAAGAAACUAGAAAAACCAAUGAAAUGACAUGUUCAGAUUUUUUUUCCAGUGUCCAGUUUAUUUGCAUGGAUAUGCAGUUUACUGAGGGAGAAUUUACAUGUGUGGAAAAUAAAGCCGCCAGCUCUGAAAAGGUGUAUACAAUGUGCAUAGCUGUGAGUGGAGUUUCAAGAUAUUUUCCCUGAUGCACCCCGAAAAAGGAAGAUUGUGUCUAUGUAUAUAGGCAUGCCAUUUUCUUAUAUGUUGUAAAAUUGGGGGUGGGUUGGGGUGGGGGUCAUUGUAUUGAAUUGCUCUAACACAUUGAAAAAAACCUGUGGAAUGCUUACCGUUAAAUAUUUUUCCUUCUAUGGUUAAUAUAACAAUUCAAGAACAAUGAAACAAUAAAAAAAAUACUGACCAAAACUUGUGUGCCUUUUCACAAUCCUUAGAAGUGAUUUGGAUGCAUUGUUUUAAAAAUGAAACUAAUUUGGCUAAUGUUAUUAAUUUGAAUUUUUAUUGUUUUAUAGUUGUUAAAGGAGUUGUGCAUAUAAUGGUGUGCAUUACACCGGUAGUAAUG